AUGAAUUGCAAGCAGCAAUCAGAGCAGAACGUUCAAAUGAAACAGGACAUUCUUCAAAAAACAGUGGCUUUUGAGAAAAAGAUAUUCGGAAAUGAUGUGGCUGACAAAAUGAACAUGAGGUUCGACAGAACAUUGCAGCUCAAACAGGCUCUGCUGGAAAAGGCCAAUUUGAAGGGAGUUGUAAGUGGUUCUACUGUGUCUCCCCCACAGUUUACCAUGGUUUUCAGGUUGCGCCAGCUGAUAAUGGCGUUUUUGACAAAGACCUUCUUCUUACUGAGGCACAGGCAAAUUAUAUGCUCAACGAAUUGGGAAAAGGUGGUGAAGGAGCAAUUCCACAGCCAGGAUCGGCUAAAGCGAAACGCGCAUCCAUCUUUUUCGAGCAGAACUUGGUUCAAAAGUGGCCUACAAGCACUCCCAUUCCCUAUACUUUCGAUUCUUCACUGGAUAAUCUGGAUCAGAAUGAUGUUCGGGGUGCCAUAUCGGAAAUUGAGCAAAGCACUUGUAUUCGGUUCAAAUACAUGGCAACUGCUCCCAAAGGGAAUCACAUCAACUACCAGAAAGUGAAUUCGCCAUCCUUGUAAGUUAAGUAUAAAUUCUCUCAAUUACUGUACUUUCAUGUCAUUUAGCUGUGGUUUGUCGUAUAUUGGAAGAGUUGAACCAGCGAAUCCCGUCUAUUUGAGUUUUCAAUGCGGAAACGGCCGAGGAAUUGCAGUGCACGAAACGAUGCACGCACUGGGAGUCAACCAUCAACAUUUGAGAAUGGACCGAGAUAAACACAUCAAAGUGUGUUCCCAAAUUUUCCAUAAAACAACGCCCACGCAACUUUCAGGUCGACUGGAGCAACAUCAACCCGCAGCAAUACGACGCGUUCGUGGUGGCAGACUCAAAAUUGUACACUACCUACGGCGUCAAAUACGCCUACGACAGUAUUAUGCACUAUAACGCCUACACAGCUGCAGUGAAUAUUGCAAAACCCACAAUGAUUCCACUGGUUAAUCAGCAGGCGAACAUUGGAUUGCUCGGACAACGAGCAAAGAUGAGCACUGCGGAUGUGGAAAUUCUGAAUAAGAUGUACUGCAAACCAGGUGAGCCGAUUUCCUUUUUCCAAAUCCGUAUCAUCUUGUAG